AUGGAGUACUGUCCAUGGUCACUGGAGAGCUUGCGAUUGGUUCGUGCGCCCGAGGGAGCCACAAGGAAUAGACUGGCCGCCCCCACAGUGGUCAAUGCAGUGUACCAAGUGCUGCACGGCCUAGACUAUCUCAAGCACUUCGGCCGAGAGGAGGCUCGCGCACGCGACGCCAUGGGCAACAGCGACCAACAGCUCAACAGCACACUGACCAUUGCACACUGCGACAUCAAGAGCGACAACCUCAUGAUCAACUUUGAAGGACUGGUGAAGAUCUGUGAUUUUGGAUUGGGUGUGCUAUUGGAAGACAACAAACACAUCACCGACAACAUGGAAAGGGGCAGUGAGGCCUACAUGGCACCCGAAGUAGCCGAGACGAAAGAAUACUGGGAAGCAUGUGAUGUCUAUUCGCUGGGCGUGUCUGCGUAUGAGAUGCUGACGGGACGUUUACCCAAAGGCCGCACUAAAUUUGGAUUCUGGAAAAAGACGAAAGAAAUGAUACUGAAGGUGACGGACGACAAUUCAAUACUGACCAAUCAACUACUAGUUUUGCUGAAG